AAAUUUUCUUGUUGCAAUUUUAUUAUUAAUUUUUGUAAAGUAGAGAAACAAAAAGCAAAAGCAGUAGCUUCAUCAAAAGAGCGUGAGACGCAUCAUUACACCCAACGUCCUCCCAAGCCCCGGCUUUUGGAGAUAAAAAUGGCAUUUUUAGGGCUCAAGAGAUUCUCAAAAUUACAAGGGUUCUGAGGAGUUCUUUUAAUAAUUCCUUGAGAGCAAUGGCGGAUGAGCGAGCCAAGGUCCGAGUGGUCCGCUGUCCAAAGUGCGACAAGCUUCUCCCUGAGCUCGCCAAUUUCACUGUGUACCGUUGUGGAGGUUGCAAUGCUACACUCCAAGCAAAGAGGAGGAGUGCGGAAUCAGACGCUUCAUCAGAAAAAUCCGACGGAGUAGCUGUUAAAUGUCUCGAGAGUGCAGAUGUUUGUUCUGAAAAGAAUGCAGUAGUGGCUUCUGAUGCAAGUUCUGAGGUCAAUUGGAAAGGUGAAAGAGUUGAGAUUAGAGGAGAGGAGGAGAAGUUCUAUUUGAAGGAUUCACCAAUAUCUGAUUGUACUUUUGUACCUACAAGUGAAAAUGGGGAUGAUUUGAGAGAACCAGAAAUCUCAAAAUUAGGUGAAUCUUCUAUAGAAAGUGGAAUAAAGUGCGGAGAUGGUAAAUACCGACAGUGCUCUGCAGCUGCACCUAAUGUUUUCCCUGCCAAUUUGGAUGAUCUUGUCCAAGAAAAGGUAGAAGAGCAACAAGAAACCAAAAUGCAAGUCGAAUGUACUAAGCCAAAUCCCAAAUUCCAGCAGAAGGAAUCCUGGAGGAAUGAAGAUAAUAAUAGAGCAUCAACAUUUCGAGGUCCUAAUCCUUAUCCUGAUGAGGGCCCAUCAAAUUACAAUCAAAAUUCUGCCAAAAGGAAAACCUUUGAUAGUCCUUGCUCAGCUGAGAAUCUUGACGAAGAUCGAGCUGAACUUUUGAGAAAGCUGGAUGAGUUAAGAGAUCAACUCAGAAGAUCUUGUGAGGUUGCUGAAAAACCAAAAGAAAGGCCUUCUGCGAGUAGAACAACAUUCUCAAAUCCUUAUGCUCGUAAUGGCCGAAAUAAUUGGUUUCCGGAAGGUUCUUCAUCAUUGAACCGGAAGAGCAUGGACUUGCCAAAUCUUUAUCCAACAGUUCAUCCACAGAAUGGAAUUCCUGGAUAUAGAGAGGUAUUUGGGCCCCAUUCACUUGGGAGAGCUCAAUUUCACCCAACUGGUCAGUAUGCAAGGGCUAUGAGCAAUGGCCUAUAUGGACAAUUCGAUCCAGAUCCUCUUGUUUCCUAUCACCAUGAUGGUUUUUACCAUCAACCUGCUUGCUCUUGUCUUCAUUGCUACAAUAGUCAAUGGCCAUCCUUUUACAGUAAUCAGAGAGUUCCGUAUCCUGUAAACAACCAUGGGUUUUAUCAGGCAGAAGGUCCCUCGAUUCUUGGACAGCAGAAUUAUAAUCAAAGAGAUCUCAAUGGUCCUUUGGCUUCUAAUGAACCACGUUAUCGCCAGAGGCCCGUGUUCAUGAAGAAAGAAGGGCUCAAUUGUCGACCCGUUGCUGGUGCUGCUCCGUUUGUUUCAUGCUAUAAUUGUUUUGAGUUACUGCAACUACCUGAAGACAUUUUAAGAAUGGGAAAGAAUCAGCAUAAGCUUCGCUGUGGAUCUUGCUCCCAGUUAAUCUCAUUUGAGUAUGAUGGGAAAAGACUUGUUACUUCUGGCCCUUCUCAAAAAACAAAUACUUCUGAGAAUAACAAUAAUGGUGGGAUAAACAAUCAUGCGAAUGAGCAUCUGGCAAAUUCUUUGUCUGGAAGUUUUGAUAGCACAGGAUUUGAAGUUCACUCUGCAGAUGAGAAGAUAGUUUUGCCUUCAUACCCUGUCUCAAGUGCUGAAAUGUUAGAAAAGGGAUAUGGUUUUCAUAUGAGUGAGUCAGAGAAAAUGCAAGGGCUCUCAUCAUCCCCCACCACUUCUGAAGAUUUAGAUAGCCCAGAUAGUAUGAUUUGCCGAAGAGAUGUACCAAGCUCAACUGAAAUUCCUUUAGAAGCUAGAGGGCUUUCACGUGUCCCAAGUUUACCACUUCGUGAACAUUUUGCAUACCCAUUAUCUAAUCAAGUGGUUGAUGGGCCUGGAAAUGGAAGUAGGAGCAGGCGUUCUGAUCAAGAGAAAAUUAUAUCCACGAAUGGCAACUUUAAGCAGAAUUCUGUAAGAGAUGUCCCUGUGGCAUCAGAAAUGGACUUAUCAGCUGAUGAAUAUCCAGAUGCUGGUUCUCGUGAUUCUUGUGAAGUGAGCAAUGAUGAAGACCAACCUAGGGCCAAAAACAGCAAGAAUGGUGAAUCCUUCUUUGCUGGCCUCAUGAAAAAGAGCUUUAAAGAUUUCCCCCGCUUUAAUCAAUCAAUGGAGAAUGGCAGGAGUAAAGUUUCCAUUAAUGGCCAUCCAAUUUCUGAUCGUUUAGUUAAGAAGGCUGAGAAGCUAGCUGGACCAAUCCAUCCUGGAAAUUAUUGGUAUGACUACCAUGCUGGAUUCUGGGGCGUCAUGGGCCAUUCUUGUCUUGGCAUUAUUCCCCCAUUCAUUGAAGAAUUUAAUUAUCCUAUGCCCAAGAGUUGUGCUGGGGGGAAUACUGGUGUUUUUGUAAACGGGAGAGAGCUACACCAGAACGAUUUGGCUUUGCUUGUUGGCAGAGGAUUGCCUGCUACUGAAGGUCAAUCUUAUACAAUUGACAUUUCUGGGAAAGUUUGGGAUGCCGCCACUGGUGAAGAACUAGACAGUCUUGGAAAGCUUGCUCCAACAAUUGAGAAAGUAAAGCAUGGCUUUGGUAUGCGGGUUCCUAGAGUUUCUGCUUAGGCGGCAUGAAUGUUUUAUUCAACUGUGAAGGUUCUGAUGUUUGGUGAGGAUGUCUUGUUGCGGGAGACUGGAAGAGGAAAUGAACUGAUACAAUCUCCAUGGAAAGAGCCAAUUGUCACAGGAGACUUUUCAUUGUAACUCAGUAGAUGCGACCACAUCAAUCUCAUAUCUAACAAGCUUGAUGUUUUAAGGUUGUUUCCUUUUGUGUGAUUUUAUGUUUGUUUGGAAAUGUUUUCUUUGUAUCGCGUUGAGGUUAGAUAGUUUGUUAUGAUAGGUUCAAAUACAUGUCGUGUUUUCUUUGUGCUUUACCGUCUAUUGUUUUUGUUCUAUAUAUUGCGCAUGUUCAUGUGGGCAAGCUUGAUCAAGACUGAAGCCCUCUACUUUUACUAUAAAUUGUCAAUGGAAUGUGGAUUAAGAUCUGUGAUA